AUGACUUCGUCAAUUGCUGGCCGCAAUGGCCUGCCCGAUGGCCUGGGAACCGACCGGGAGCCCCAGGUCGUCGCAAACAGAACCGCGACUGCCACAGCCACAGCAAAGGCAACAGCAUCUUCCCCAGCUGCGACACCAUCGAGUGCGACUGCGACAUCGAUAUCGACAGCGGCGUCAACUGCGACUGCGACGGCGACUCAAACACCAAACGCGAUUCCAAAAUCGCCAGUGAACAACGAUGAUAAGCGCGACCAAAAAGUUACUGACCCUACCCCGGUCUCGGUUUCCGCCCCGGUCCCAGCGCCCUCUUCAGCUACGGAUUCAAUCUCAAAUUCAGUCCCAAAGCCAGAUUCAAAUUCGAAUUCGAACUUAGCUGCCGUUGAUGUUACCUCAUCGACUGCACCUGCAGAUUCGGCAGAGUCAAUACCAACAUCAGCUACAGUUCCUGUUACUGCGGCACCAGAAAUGGCAACAACGACAACUCCAACGAUACCUUCCAAUCCGUCGCAGGAGGCAACCUCGACUGCCCCCAUGCCGGAAUCUGCAAACUCUCAUCCAGAUUUAACCUCUUCAGUUUCUCCGACGAAGGUAUCGGGCCUUCAACCUCCGCCAUCAACGCCGCCGCCGUCUCACACUAUCCCAAGUAGUGGUUCGCCAGGCACUGAUACUAAGGCAUCAGUAGAGCAACAGCAAUCUGAGGCGCCGUUAAGCAACCAGGCUUCGACUUCCGCAAAUGCUGAAGCUGGUGAUCACCCGAUGCUUGAUGCCCCUGCCGCAAGCGACACAGCUGCACCACUAAGCGCUGACCAGGUCCAACAAUCUACCCCUUUACAGUUGCAGAUGCCGACCGACAACAUGGGAGAAUCUUUCGCGCCUUCCACUCCAUACACCACGGCCACGAUGCCUUCCAUGGACCAGCAUGCCUAUAUGAUCUUGGCUCUAGCUAGAAUGUCGGGGGCUCCCACAGCCAUGUCACCGCCUCCAACAGUCACACCAGCCCAGGUUACUCUACCCAACUCGCUAGAUGAUUCGUUUCAAUCUCUCGCGCAACCUGAUUCUAUGCGCCAACCCGAUACCCACAAGGCUCUUGAAUCCUUCGCUCGUGUAGAGUUUGCCGACAGUGUUUUCCAGAUGACUACGUAUGCUGUCGUUAUUGGACGAGAUCAGCGCGCAUUGGAACAAGCCCGCCGUGAUGAGAGGCGUGCUGAAGAGUACCGCCGCCGCGCUGAAGAGAAUGCCCAGAUGGGCAUCCCGCCACCGUCUCCCAUCCAGCCUGAUCAGAACAAGUUCAGCAAGUCUUAUGUCAGCGAAGAGGGAGGAAUGCUUGGCCCUGAAUCAGAUACUGGGGAAAACCCUCGCCCGACAAAGCGACGAAAGACCAGCACUCAAGGGUCUUCGCAACAUGAUCACGACGAUGCGGCAGCACAAGCACAGGAAAACAUGAUUUCUAACCGACAAUAUGUUUCUCAUACGCCUGGUGCUGCAGCGGUUGAUUUGACUUCCCUGCGCCCAUCACCAUAUCACGUUCCUUUCAUCGGCAUUCACUCACCAGGUCCCAAUAUCGCAUCCAAGACCAAAGCGAUAUCCAGGGAGCACCUCAAAAUCGCUUACAAUCAAAAGUCGGGUGUAUUCGAAGCUAUACCUCUGCACAAGAACGGUUUCUUCUGUGAAGACGUCCAUUACAAGAGCGACAAGGUCGUGUUGCGGAGUGGCGAUCGGUUGCAAAUUAAAGACAUCGAUUUUCGAUUUCACAUCAAUGGCGUUGAGCGGGGACGAACAGGAGCUGAGGAAUAUGUAGAGGAAGAGCCUACAGCAGCCCUCAGAAAACGACAUGCGCAGGGUGGAAAGGAAAUGAGCUUCGAUUUCGAAUCUGCUCAUGGUAACGCUCAGAUACAAGACACAAGCGAUGAGUUAUCAGAUGUGGCAAGUCCUGCUGAGUCACCUGACUUCAGCGACGAUGAGGACAAAGCUGAGGAAUCGGCAGCCAUCGAGACGGUGGAAGCAGAGGCAGACGGAGUAGGGGCAGAGAUGGGGGCUAAGGCAGAGACAGGGGCAGAGGCUGAGGCUGAAGCAGAGGUUGAUGCGGAUGCGGAUGCAGAAGCAGACGCCGACGCCGACGCCGAUGCCGACGCUGAAGCCGAAGCGGACAUGGACAUGGAUAUUGACAUGGAUAUGGACGUGGAUAUGGCAAUGCCAAUGCCAGGAGGAGAGUCUGAGUUCAAACAGGAAGGCAUGCUCGACCCGAACCAGGAACAUCUGAUGCUUCAGGUGCCCAGAAAACGAGGACCCGGUAGGCCACCCAAGAACGGCUUCAUGUCGAAACGUGAGCAGCGAAUUCUGAAGAGGAAACAACAAGAGGCAGCCAAGAAAACUGUGCCCCUAGCGCCACCAGUGGAACCUCCCGUCAAACGCAAGGUUGGACGACCGAGAAAACAUCCGCUUCCCGAAGGGUCUUCGGAGCGGCCGGAGAAACGCAAGUACAAACCUCGCAAGCCCAGAGAAGACGGCGCUGAAGGCUCAGAUGCAGAGAGGCGUGCAAAAGAAAAGAAAGAGAAGAAGGCCCGGCCAAAAUCUCCUCCUCUGGAACUGAAAAUUGAAGAUUAUACCGAAGAGCAACUCCAGAAGCCUAACAAGAACUACGGAGUACUCAUCGACGAGACACUGACAGCGGCUGGACCCGACGGGCUCACUCUCAAGCAGAUUUACAAGCGGAUUUGCUUAAGAUAUCCUUGGUUCCACUUCCACACAGAGACGAAAGGAUGGGAAAGCAGUGUACGCCAUAAUCUCAUUGGGAACGAGGCGUUCAGAAAGGAUGACACGACCAAUCUCUGGUCUCGCGUUCCCGGGGUUGAACUUGACGCCGGAAAGAAGAGAAAGGCGUCAUCUCCAGACCGUGCUGCAGCUCAAGCCUAUGGCCAAUACCCAUACGCUUACAAUUCACAACAUUUGACAGCUGGUGCGCCUGGCUACACCCCUGGACAGGCGCCUCCUGGCUAUCAAUUACCAGCAUACCCAGCACAACAAAACCAGCCAGGCCGACCUCUGCCACAGUAUGGAACGUCCGCGUCACCACCAGCACCAGCUCAACCAGGCCAGCCAGCCCCUGCAACAAGUGCAUCUCAGCCGCCCGCGCCAGCACAACUGCCCCCAGGUUAUGGACCACCACCAGCUCCCGCUCGCCCGCAGCUUGGAGUACCUCAACAAGGUACAUACAGUUCACCAUAUGCGCCGCGACCACCACCGCCAACAAACACUCCGAUAAAGAGCGAGGAGGGGCACGCUAAUGCUCCUACGCCUGCUAAUGCACACGUUGCUCAGCAGCAUCAGCAUCUUCCCCCGCCACCUCCGUCAACAGUGGGCGCUAAGACGGUCCCUGGAACUGGAGCUGCGUCAGUACAGCAGCAACCUGCUACUCCUGUGAACCGUACUCCCUCAGUACCUGCUGCCUCUGCUCCCGCACGACCUGCUAUUGAGCCUAAGCUGCUCAAUGCGGUCGUUAACCUCAAGAAUGGUUUGAUUGAAAACCUCAAGAAAGCCAGAAACCCCAAGGCCGCAGGAAUCGUUAUGUCAGCCCUCAAUCGGUGUAUUGGUCUCAAAAAAGAGGCAACGGAGAACGACAAGAUGGAAGCGAUUUGUAUGAAGGGUAUUCGUCAAGUUAUUGAUGGUUUCCUUUCCAAAUCUAAAAGCCCCACACCUGGUCCAGCUUCUUCUGCUGCUUCUCCGUCAACUACUGAGACACCCCUGUUCCUCGACUCCAAGAUCUUAUCAUCUCUCAAUGGGUUCAAGGAAGUCUCAGUCAAGGCCCUCAGUCCUAAGCUUGGUGAAGCCAAAGCGGAAGCUGUCACAUUAUCUGCUAUUGACCGAGUACUAGGUAUAGCGGAUGCCAGCAUCGUCCCACCUCCCGGAGAAGGCGAAGCAGUAGGAAACUUUGAAGGCAUCGAGCAGCAUUUGAUGAAAUCUAUACGACAACUUCUGACGGGAAUGAACCAACAGGUGUAG